AUGAGGACGUUGAUAAGCCGUGUGACUGAGGAGGAUUUGAACGACAUUGGUGUGGCCAUUAUAGGCGGCAAAAUGAAGAGGAGUGAAGCCGCGUUGGUCGAGUGGGCAGAAAACGGAGAUGAGGGCCUCGCUGGUGGCGGUGGCGGUGGUGACUGCUGCGGACAUGGCAGAAGAGGUCGCCUUCAGUACCGUCUGCAGCAGGAAUUCAAUACUCUCGGUCUGUCCACUGGUAGCGGCCAGGUGGAUCGCUCGUCUGCCGCGGAAAUCGGACUUGGCCCAGUUGGUGCCUGCCUGAAGGGAGUAGAAAGGGACGGAAUAGGUCUCUUAAGCACAAGCAGCAGCACCACCAUCAACAGCAGCAGCAGCAACAUUCAGUAUAUUUAUGUAGGGAUUUCGAUGAAUCACAGCUCUGUCUAUGUUAUUUUAGCCCAAUUCUGA